CCUCUGUGUAAUGAUAUUGUUUGCAGUGAUGCUCAGAGAGCCGGCACCUGCUGCUCUGUAAUGAUUCAGCCUCUUUCAGCCGUUGCUUUAAUACAACAGGAUGCUGUUGCUACUGUCACUGCUGCCUCUACCGCUGCUACUGUUGCCGUUGUUACUGAUUUUGCUUUUGCUUCUAUCGCAUGACAGUUGUUUUCCUCAUCUAAGCAGACACCAGCCUCUGAUGCUCAAGGUGAGAAGCCAGCCUUUCAGUCUGGGCUACUGGUUCACUUAGUCAAACAAUUU